GCAACACCAUUAUCGGUAAUCAAAUCACAAAAAAAUUAUCAUGUCCAAACACGUUCUUGUUCCUGUCGCGGACGGCAGUGAAGACAUUGAACUUUCUUGUUUAACUGAUGUUCUUGUUCGCGGUGGGAUUAAGGUCACUGUGGCCUCAGUGAUGGAAAGUGUGAAUGUCACUCUUGCCCGUGGUCUGAAGCUUGUAGCCGAUGCGCUCCUCAAGGAUUUAUCUGCAAGCGAUUUUGACGCCGUAUUGCUCCCUGGUGGGUUUGACGGCUCUGUGAACUUUGGAAAAAGUGAAACUCUCGGCAAAAUUCUGCACGAAAUGCGCAGGAGCGACAAACUGUAUGGUGGUAUCUGCGCAGCACCCGUUCUAUCGCUCGUACCACUUGGAGCGCUCGAAGGCGUGAAGACAGCAACGUGCUAUCCAGGUAUGGAGUCGAAGUUUCCCGCCCACAUCAACCCAUCAUCGGACUGCGUUGUGAAGUGUGGGAAUUGUCUCACAAGCCGUGGUCCUGGAACGGCGAUGUUUUUUGGCUUGGCGGCUGUGGCGCUACUUCGCUCCUCCGAUGUGGCGAAUCAGAUUGCGAAGGAUUUGCUUCUUGAUAAAUAUGCGGAAAUUAAUACGGUACUCAAUCUUAAGUGAGUAAUCUUCAUUUUUGGGUUUACGAAAGACAAAUAUGAGGGAUGAAAAAUAUAAAUAAAUUUUUCAAUAGUAUUUUUUUUCUUCGCGCACGGUUUAUUAUUUUUAAUACCUACUAUUCCCCUCAACCAUUUUUCGCCCUUGUAUUUGAAAAAAUAGGAAAAUAUGAUUCUUUUGUCAAUAUAUAAUCCUAUGAGGGGAGGAAUCUUUACCAAUAGGGGACAAAAAUGGGACGUGCUUUGUUCAAAGUUAUUAAAAUAAUCGUGCAUUUUUCUCUGAAUUACUUUUUAUUUUGAGUGAAUUACAGCUCAGACAGUGGGGUUUAUUGCUUAUCACCAUUAUUAUGAUUGAUAUGGCUUGAUACGGCCUAGAGCUUAUAUGAUUUUCUCUUGGAUUUCUAAGUCUCAAUUUUUUUUUAGAAGCUCUGCUAAUUACUAGGCUUCAUAUUGUCGAACGCUGGCUACAUGUGUCCUGAAGAUUGAUGAGCAGGAUCGUCUUACGAUUACACAGCACAUUCCUUGAUGUGCUUUGUGCAGUUGAUGUGUAUCAUUAAACAUCAAACUCUUUUGAUCACUAAGGUGCUCUUUUCCAAUUGUUUGUCUACUCAUGCAUUUUUGAUCUUGAAUAGGCUUUAAGUGCACAAACAUGGGUGUGCGCAUUUAUCAUGUUCCAAAUGGCCUAAUAUUCACUAUUAAAAGAUUCACCAUUUAAAAUUUCCGAUGCGAUCUUGCUUGAUCUCAUGUUUUUUUCACCGUCGUGUGGAUCAUUUCCUGAAUUUAUACAUAUCAUGACAUUGCCCGCAAGUCAUGUUUCCCACUAAUAAUCAUGUAUGCUGCAGGUCUAAAUAAACUCAAAGGGUUGUAUAGACUACUGAAGAGGAUGUCCAUGAACAAGAGGAAUGUUUCUCAAUAUUCCCAGACGGGGCUAUACCCUUGAUCCACGUGCCGUAGCCAUCACUUUUCUGACGAAACCGUGAGGAAGAAACUUAAGCCGCUUGCCCUCCGUUUCCAUCCCGGAGAUGGAGAUGAUUUAAAACUUCUUUUAACACAUCAAUAAUACUUCAUUUGAUGGGGUGGAUUUUGUGUCCCUUUACCUGAAUUUGCUUGACCACUUCAUAAUAACGCAAUACAUUAUCAAGGGCCGGGGUUACAAGUGGAAAUGUAUUGUGGAGGGAUGGAGAGAAUUUCUAUAAAUAGUUUAAUUAGCUUUUUCGAAACCAUUUCCGUUAGCAAAUUUACUCAUGGUAUGUUUAAGCUUAUUAUCUAUAUUACACAAAAAUGCAUGGAGAAGUGGUAGUGAAGGAUAUUCAAAAAAGGGUCUGAGGCUAGGUACUAUUACAUUUUUAAUAAUGAGAUUUUUUAAAAUCUGAUUUGCUGCUAGAUCUAGGUUUUCUAUUUUUUAAAUACUACGCUAAUUCACAGGAGUUUUAACGAUGUCGUAUGAUUAAGCACACUCAAACAUUGUUUGACCACAAAAAUAUUCAGUAGGCAAAUGCAGGUGGUGACCUUAUUUGUCAUCAAAGAAUUUGCUUUAUUUCUGUAGAGAAGCUUCUGAACUUUUAUCUUGCCGAAUCGUAAUUGAUGUGUA